UGUAGUUCAUACAGCUGCAACUGCCGCAAAGUCACGAACGCUCAAGGAGUAGCUAAGAUUUUGUAUUCGUUUUCGUUAUAAUUUUUGAGUUCGACGAGCGAUUCUUGUUUCGAGUUCCCAUCUUCAAUAAAUUCAAAAAUUUGAAAUAUCAACCAUGCGCGUUGGUAUUGUGGGUUACGGCUCGCUGGGCCAGUUUCUGUGUGAAAAAGUUUUGGAAGAAGGAACGGCCGCCUCCGAAAUCGACAUCGUCUGGGUAUGGAACAGAACGGCUAGCAAAGUCGUGGGACUGCCGCAAACGGUGAAAGUGUUGCAGGAUCUGGAAGCCGACUACUUUUCUCUGCUGGAAAACGGAAAUAAAGGUGGCGACGAGGAGGCCGCCAAAGCGGUCGCAGUGGAUCUGAUUGUGGAAGUUGCGCACCCGGACCUAUCGAACCAGUACGCCGUGCGGUUUCUGCAGUUCGCGGAUUACUACAUGGGGUCCCCGACCGCAAUGGCAAACGCCGAGUUGUACGAAAAAUUGCAAACGGCAGCGAAAAGCGAGGCAGUGAAGGGAUCAUUGUAAAGAAAAUACUUCUCAGACGCCCCCAGGAUCGUGUUGAUGUUCGAAAUAGAUGCAGUUGCGUGCCCAUUUAAAGCACAUGCACUGGGACGACCAAAUAAAGUGUGCCUAAGAUCACGGUAAUGGUAUCAUUCAAAACCCGAUCGAAUACCGAGACAAAAACUUCAGAUACCUCCCCGUCGGCGCUUUGUGGUGCGCCAGCGACUUGCAGCGCAUGGCAGAGCUUGGCACACUGAAGCGCCUGUGUGUGACGAUGAAGAAGCACCCGAAAUCGUUGAAGCUAACCCCAGGCACCGAGCUUGCGGAAAAACUAGAAAACAUCAUCGCACAGGGGGAUACAACAAGUUCCAGCGCUCCCGCAUGUUCAUCAUCCGGAGUCGGUGCAGACGAGAAAUCCACCACCGCGUCCCCAACAAGCACGGAUCCGGAGGUGGCUACUGCAAAUGGUGUAGUAGAACCGGCGAGUUCCUCUAUCAAGCUGAAACCCGGCGAGCACGUAAUUUUCCAUGGGUCGGUCCGGGAACUCUGUCCCCUAGCGCCGAACAACGUGAACACAAUGGCCUGUGCGGCCAUCGCGGGCAGUAAUCUGGGCUUCGACAAGACCGAGGCGAGAUUAGUCGCGGACUACAAUCUAACGACGGAGCACGUGAUCGACAUACGAGUGGACGGGCCAGACGGGUUUUUUGUGGAGUGCACACGGGUAAACCCAGCGAAAGUUGGGGCGGUCACCGGACAGCAGACCUACCUGUCGUUUCUGCACAGCCUAAGAAAGUGCUGCGUAGCGAUCCAGGGGAAGCAGAACGGCGUGUUUUUCUGCUGAGGACGAGCUGAGGACGAGUUCUGAUAUGAUAUGUACGAAGUAAACUGCACAAAAUCAAAAUGGAAUCAUUUUGCACACGCAUUUUUUGUUUUCGGUAUAAUGAGCACCGCUGAGUCAUGUUUCAUGAAUUUACUGGGUCAGGCAUAUCUCUCCUGACUCAUGUGUAUCGUGUGCCUUGACGAAUGAAAGUUGAUUGCUCGUUUCGCACAUAGUACUCAAGUUCAAGUGUGCCGUUUUGG